AUGGACACCACAUUCUCUGGCCAAUAUGAGGACGAUGGAAGCCCAAAUACUGUUCUUGACCUGUUAACUGAACCAAUCUUUCACCUUUCCGAAUUUGAAACAAUUGAUCUCCUUAUGGUUCCCAGCUCGACAGGUGGUGCCGCACCCCUGAAGGAAUCUCAUUCGAAGCCUUUCCACCGAAGAAUAGCACUUACGACUCCACAGAUGCAGAUUUGA